AUGGACUAAUCAAAUGGGCAAUAAUUUAAAUACAGAUUUCUUCAUCGAUUCUUCGAAGGUUCAGAUAAGAUAAAAGUUGAGAUACGCUCAAACGAUUAAGGACUCACUAUAUAUCAUGUAUUUUAUGAUGAGAAAAUUCAUGCAUAAACUUCGAUUACUAAGGUUCUAAAGAAGAUAUUGAAGGUUAUCAUAAAAUAAGAGAGACUUAUAAAAUCUAAUCAAAUAGCAAAGCAUGAAUACAAACUAACUAAAGUUGAAAUUCUGAAAAUAAACGCAAGCAAUGAAUACCAAAGUGUCAAGCUAUUUGAAAAUUAGGAAUAAGUUGAUUAAAUGAAACUGGAGGACCUCAAACCAUAUGGAGAUAUGGUAGAUCUCUACGGUGUUUGGAAUUUCGAAUAUUACAAAACCUCUGCCUGCUGCUCUAUAUAUUGA